UUAGCUGCAAAAACGUAGCAUUGAAUCUUUCAUUACUACAAACCGCAUUAUUUUAUUCAUUAUUGUGAAAUAAGACGCCUUCCGAUUUCAAUUUUCACUAUUUUUUAUACUCAAGAUUUAUCGCUUCCCUCUGCAAAUGGAGUAGCAACAAUGGCGGAUUUGGUCAAUAGCUCUACUUCUCAUAUUGCACUGGGGUACAUAACUUAUUCAGUUACUGAUUCUGCUUUCCUUUCACAGCCUUUCUGUUUUAUUGGUUUGUGUUGCCGUUUUUGCGAAGGUGCUCGUUGACGAUGUUGGAGCUCUUACAUCAUGUAUUGAGUAAGAGAAGUUCCGCCUAGGCUUAUGUGCUUAUGUAUCUUCUGCGUGCCCCUCAACUUGCGUCAAAUCGAAGUAUUUCCAGAGCUGUGAGGAUUGUGGUGUUUCUGUGUGUCUAUUGGAGGUUAUUCACAGAGUUGUGGUGUCACGUCUUGUCUCCGCUGGGUUUUUAUUUGAAAGAGGGAAAAUACAGCAAUAUAAAUAUGGAGCCAUUGAAAAAUCAGAAUACCAUGCUGUAUUCAUCUGAACGAGGAAACGAAGAUCAUGGCCCUGUAUCACUAGUUCAUAGGACUGGUGCUUCAGGUUACGAAAAUCCCGUUUCGCAGCACCAGGAGAGUGAUUUGUCAGAACCUAAACCCGUACGCAACUUCUCUAUACAGACUGGUGAGGAGUUCGCUCUUGAAUUUAUGCGUGACCGGGUCAACCCCAAGAUUCCAUUUAUCCCAAAUGAAUAUGGGGAUCCCAGUUAUGUGCCUGAUUACUUGGACCUGAAAGGCACAUUAGGCAUUAGUCAUGCUGGAUCUGAAACUGGCUCAGAUAUACCAAUGGUUGCCUCGGUGGUAAAAGCUGCUACAGAAGUUGAACAGAGGAAUAUGUCUUUACAUGGAAGCAGUGCUAACCAUGGCUCUGUGCAAGUAAGACGUGUCGCUUCUGAUUACAACAAUCAGUCCGUGCUACUACACUCCUCAUCUGGGGCAUCUGAUAGUUCAUCACAGAAGCUUAAAGCUCUCUGCAGUUUUGGUGGUAAAAUACUGCCUCGCCCCAGUGAUGGAAAACUCAGAUAUGUUGGUGGUGAAACACGCAUUAUCCGGAUCGUCAAGGAUAUUACAUGGCGAGAGUUAUGGUUGAAAACUACUGCAAUUUAUGAUGAGACGCAUACCAUAAAAUAUCAGCUCCCUGGGGAGGAUCUUGAUGCUUUAGUCUCUGUAUCAAGUGAUGAGGAUCUGUUGAACAUGAUGGAGGAGUGCAAUUUACUCAAUGAGACAGAAGAAUCAAGAAGGCUUCGUAUGUUUCUAUUCUCUCUUGAAGAUUUGGAAGGCGCUCAUUUCAGUUUAGCCAACACAGAUGGUGAUUCUGAGAUUAAAUAUGUUGUUGCAGUCAAUAGUAUGGACAUUGUGUCUAGGAAAAGCUCUACCUUUCGUGGGUUAGCAAGCUCUUCUGGAAACAGUUUAAAUAAAUUGGACACUCUCAAUAUCGAAAGGGACACAAGUAGGGCUUCUAGUGAACUUGUUGGGAUUAAUACCUCAGAUAUGGCUGGCUUCAUUGUCUCGUCAACAGCUGGACAAUCUUCUAAAUAUAUUCAACCAAAUUCCUCCAAUGUUUAUGAAAAUGCACACUUUGAUCCUGGUCAGAUCGUGUACCAUCAUGAAGUCAAGCAUCAACCUCCACAUUUUGACUAUAAUCUGAAUCCUCCAUAUAAUGCCCCUUCUGAAAGUGCUGUGCCUCAAUCUUCUUAUGGGGCUGCUAGUGAACUUGUUGGGAUUAAUACCUCAGAUAUGGCUGGCUUCAUUGUCUCGUCAACAGCUGGACAAUCUUCUAAAUAUAUUCAACCAAAUUCCUCCAAUGUUUAUGAAAAUGCACACUUUGAUCCUGGUCAGAUUGUGUACCAUCAUGAAGUCAAGCAUCAACCUCCACAUUUUGACUAUAAUCUGCAUCCUCCCUAUAAUGCCCCUUCUGAAAGUGCUGUGCCUCAAUCUUCUUAUGGGGCUGCUUCUCAACAAAAAGGUCUUGAAGGGAAGCCUCCAGGUUUCUCAGACGCUCAAGGCACUCAAGUACAAGAAAAUGAGGCAAAACUGAAAGUUGAUGGUUCAAUGCAACCGGAAAGUAGAAGCAAUGGCGACAGAGAACUUAAUUUUCCAGUUGAGGAGUCAACAGUUGUGAUCCCUAAACUGGGCAAGGAGGUAUCUUCAAAAAAGACAGAAGGGAGGACCCAGGAAUCUGUUCCUGCCCCUAAACCUUUUGAUGUUGUUAAAACAUCCCAAAUUUCAAGUGGAAAUGAGCAUUCUGCAUCUGGUAAUGCUCCAGCUCCCGAGUCUGUUAACUCAGAAAGUGAUCGUACUGAUCUGGGCCACACCGAGUCUUCUAUUUCUCCUCAAAGGGUCUAUUAUUCUGAACGAAUUCCUCGAGAGGAGGGUGGGCCUCUUAACAGAAUAUCAAAGUCAGAUGAUUCUCGGAAUUCCCAAUUUCUUGUCAGUCAGUCUCAUACUGAUAGUGCCCAGAAAGAUUUGCAAGAUUUAGUUUCGGGAUUUUCUGAAAAAUUUCAAAAUGGAAAUGUAGAUAUUCCUUCCAAGCAGUCAAAUUCUACUUAUCCUGUUGAGCCUGAAACCUUUGAUGACAGGAAUCAAAGAACUCAAAUGGUAGAUGCACGUGAUGUUAAAGAGUCAUUGCAUGAAAAUCAAGAUCUGACAGGGCUGGAAGCUGGUUUGAAGCUUCACGCUGAGAGCCACGAGGAUUCGACACAUUCUGAAGAUCCUACAGCUCCUAGGGUUGAUGGGGUUGGGUGUCAGGACAUUCCUAAUGAUGCUCAUGAGCAUUCUCAACUUAUGAGAAUGACAGGAACUCAGGGAGAAUCCAAGGCUGCUUUGCCCAGAACUGAGCAAGGAGACAUACUUAUUGAUAUCAAUGAUCGGUUCCCUCGUAAUCUCCUUUCCGAUAUAUUUUCACAAGCUAUUCUUUCAGAUAACUCUUCUGAUAUCAGUCUCGUACCUAAAGAUGGAGCUGGUUUGAGCAUGAAUAUGGAAAACCAUGAACCACAGCACUGGUCCUUCUUCCAGAGGCUGGCAGGGGAUGAGUUUUUGAGAAGGGAUGUUUCUCUUAUUGAUCAAGACCAUGUUGUACUUUCCUCUGCAAUUACAAAAGUUGAAGAACAUGCACCUUUAGCAUAUGACUUUGUGCCACAGACAAGAGAAGGAACUCCUCCUAAUCACUCAGAAUUCAAGGAGAAUUACAGCGAUCGUGAUCAGAAAAAUGUACCAGCUGGAGAUCAGCCUCACUCUUUGGAUCUUCGUUCCAAUUUUGAUGCGCCACAAGCGAAAGUGAAUGAGGGCGUUCAGUAUAGUGAUUUGACUGAUAAUAUGGGAAUUCGAGAUUCAGACUACGGGGGUGGGAUAGGAAGUAUUGGCUUACCUCCUCUAGAACCGUCCUUGGAAGAUUUUGAUAUUAACUCUCUGCAGAUUAUACAAGAUGCGGAUCUUGAAGAAUUGAGGGAACUUGGUUCUGGCACAUUUGGAACUGUAUAUCAUGGAAAGUGGAGAGGCUCGGAUGUAGCAAUCAAGCGCAUAAAGAAAAGCUGCUUCACGGGGCGACAAUCAGAGCAAGAGCGUCUGACCAAUGAGUUUUGGAGGGAAGCGGAUAUUCUCUCAAAGCUUCAUCACCCGAAUGUGGUAGCAUUUUAUGGCGUUGUACAAGAUGGACCAGGGGGUACAUUGGCUACUGUAGCAGAAUUCAUGGUUGAUGGAUCUUUGCGACAUGUUUUACUUCGGAAAGAUAGACACCUUGAUCGCCGGAAGCGGCUUAUAAUUGCCAUGGACGCAGCUUUUGGGAUGGAAUAUUUGCAUUCAAAGAAUAUAGUGCACUUUGAUUUGAAGUGCGACAAUUUGCUUGUUAACUUAAAAGAUCCUUCAAGACCUAUUUGCAAGGUAGGUGAUUUUGGUCUAUCAAAAAUUAAGCGGAAUACGUUGGUUUCUGGUGGAGUUAGGGGAACUCUGCCUUGGAUGGCUCCAGAGCUAUUAAAUGGUAGCAGCAGUAAAGUAUCUGAGAAGGUUGAUGUCUUUUCAUUUGGUAUUGUCUUGUGGGAGAUACUUACCGGAGAGGAACCUUAUGCAAACAUGCAUUAUGGCGCAAUCAUAGGAGGCAUUGUGAACAACACACUGAGGCCGACAAUCCCGAGCUACUGUGAUUCAGAAUGGAGACAGUUAAUGGAGCAGUGUUGGGCCCCGAAUCCAGUGAGGAGGCCGUCGUUUACAGAGAUAGCAAGCCGUUUGCGUGUAAUGUCGGCCGCAGCCCAGCCACAGCCAAGGAAGGCAGCAGCCUCAUAGGUAUGUUCCUUACUGAUCAAAGCAAUUAGUUGAUUCAAUUGUACACACUAGGGACUACUACAACAGGUUGAUCAACAUAUACAGAUGCUGAGGUUAUGAAACAUAUAUUAUUAUGAACAGAGGUUUUGUUUGCCUCUCUAUUUUCUUUAAUGUGGGUUUCUUAUUUAAUUUUUUUUACUGAAAGACAGGAAAAAGAUUGAAUUGGAAAAAAUAGUGGAGUGGAAAUGACACUGCGAUUUAUUUAAUUUUAUUAUGAUCUAUUUCAACGUGAAAGGA